AUGGCCGAAAAGGGGGAGGAGAAAGGCAAGGACGAUGACUCUCUGGGCGAUCAGCCAGUGGAAGAAAUGAAAGCGGACGACGGUAAAGAAGAAGAUGGGGUGUCGUCCCCCGCCACUAACGUGAAUGAAGGGGGCAGCAACCCCACGCAGCGUUAUGUAGACCCCAAGAUGUACAACAAAUUUAAAAACGACGGAUCGUUCUUGGCUCAGGUGCUAGCGCUCCAGAAGAAAAAAAAAGUGAGGAAGCUAAAGGAAACGGAGGGAACAGACGAGAAAAAAAAGAAGAAGAAGUCCAGGAAGAGGUCCUCCCAGCAGGGGGAUGACGAGGACGACGCAGAAACAGAGCAGGACAAAAAGGAAAAGGACGCCGAAGCAAAUGAACAGGAUGAGGAAGACGAACGAGAAGUUGCCAUCAAAAAUGAAUACAUCGAAAAGAUUAAUAAAAUGAAAGAGGAGGGUUUUUUCACGGACAAAGGGAUCGGUGCUGGGAUGGUUAAGUGA